AUGACGAUCUGUACUUAUAACGCACGUACGCUUGCAUCGGAAGCGACCAUCGAAGAUCUGAUGAUGCAAGCCAAGAAGAAUAAGUACGACGUCAUCGGACUGACCAAGACGAGACGAUGCCACCCUCUCAACGCUUUAUAUGAAAGUAGGGAAGAACUGUUCUUAGAAACAGGCGACAGUGGAGGUGUUGGUGGAAUUUGCGUCCUUGUCAACACGAGUAUGGCAGAGAACAUCGACUCUUUCGAACAACUUACGACCCGAAUCGAAUGUCUGCGAAUGAGAAGAUGUGGUCCAACCCCAGCCUAG